AUGUCUUCGGCUUCUCAACGUUUACAACAGUUGGCACUCAACCCAACUGCCAAUGUCGUUAUUGACGGCAAGAAAUAUGAUACUUACACCGAGCCUCCCAAGGCUUUGGGUGGAGAACGUGCCAAGACUAAAUUCGAUGUACGUGAACUGACAUAUUUCUUGGAUGGCGGCAAGGAUAGUACUGAAAAGAACGAGACUGUCAUGGAAAUGAUUGAGAGAGACCCUAUUUUCGAGAAUGACGAUUUCUAUGAUUUGUCCAAGGAUGAGACUCGUGUUGUGUCCAUGGCUAGAGUCGGUAAGAUUUGUGAUUAUAUUCUUGCUGCUGAGAGUGAAAAGGAUAUUUCUCGUAGACUAUCGUUAAUUGGUCUUGUCGACCCUGGUGCUUAUACUAGAAUCGGAGUUCACUUUGGUUUGUUUUUGAGUGGUGUUCGUGGAGGUGGUACUGCUGAACAAUUGUCAUACUGGAUUUCAAAGGGUGCUGGUAACUUGAAGCAAUUUUUUGGCUGUUUUGCCAUGACCGAGAUUGGUCACGGAUCUAAUGUUGCUGGUCUUGAGACUACUGCUACUUUUGACGAAGCUACUGACGAGUUUAUUAUCAACACUCCUCACUUGGCUGCUACCAAGUGGUGGAUUGGUGGAGCUGCUCACACUGCCACUCACACUCUUUGUUAUGCUAGACUUAUUGUGAAGGGCAAGGACUACGGUGUCAAGAAUUUCGUUGUUCCCUUGAGAAACAUCCACGACCACUCGCUAAAACCCGGUAUUGCUGUGGGUGAUAUUGGUAAGAAGUUUGGUCGUGACGGUAUUGAUAACGGUUGGAUCCAAUUCUCUAAUGUGCGUAUUCCUCGUCAAUUCAUGUUGAUGAAGUACAAUAAGAUCGAUAGCCAGGGUAAUGUUACCCAACCUCCUUUGGCCCAAUUGGCUUAUGGUGCUUUGAUCGGUGGUAGAGUCAGUAUGGUCAGUGAUUCGUUCCAAGUUUCCAAGCGUUUCUUGACUAUUGCUAUCAGAUAUGCUGCUGCUCGUCGUCAAUUCUCUGCUGUUGAAGGAACUCCUGAGACCAAGAUUCUUGAUUAUACUUAUCACCAGAGAAGGCUCUUGCCCCGUUUGGCAUAUGCUUAUGGUAUGAGAGCUGCUGCCGAGGAGCUGUAUGAUGUUUACUAUUCUGCCACUGAUAAGUUGGCCAGCACUUCCACCAGUAACAAGGCCGAAUUGCAGGCUGCUAUUGAGGAUGUCAAGGAGUUGUUCUCGCUUUCUGCCGGUCUUAAGGCGUUCUCGACUUGGGGUGCUGCCGAGAUCAUUGACCAGACCCGUCAAGCCUGUGGUGGUCACGGAUACUCUGGAUACAAUGGAUUCGGACAAGGAUAUGCCGACUGGGUUGUCAACUGUACUUGGGAGGGUGAUAAUAACAUUCUUACUUUGUCAGCUGGACGUUCGCUCAUCCAAAGUGGUUUGCAGCUUCGUAAGGGUAACAGAGUCGGUUCUGCCGUUGGCUACUUGAACCGUCUUGACUCUCUUAAGAAGGCCAAGCUCAAUGGCCGAGACAUUCUCGACCCCAAGGUUAUUCAAGAGGCCUGGGAGUCUGUUUCCGCACAAGCUAUUGACCACACUGUCGACCAGUUUGUCAACCUGACCGAGAAGAAGGGAUUGACUGCCUCGCAGGCUUUCGAGGAGCUGUCACAACAGAGAUUCGAGAUUGCCCGUAUCCACACACGAAAUUACGUUGUUCGAGCAUUCUUCGACAAGAUCGCCCAUUCUGCCACUCCCGGAAUCAAGGAGACCCUUACCGAAGUGGCUCUUUUGUUUGCUCUGUGGUCGAUUGAGAAUGACAGCUCGCUGUUCCUCAAGUACGGUUUCUUCAACUCCGAGGACCUCGACAAGGUCACCGAGCACGUCAACACGUACUGCAAGAAGGUCCGUGAGCAAGCCAUUGGACUCACUGACGCGUUCAACCUCAGCGACUUCUUCAUCAACGCCCCCAUCGGUAACUUCGACGGUGACGUCUACAAGCACUACUUCAACAAAGUGGUCCGCCGCAACCCCUCUCGCGACGCCAAACCCCACUAUUAUGAGUCAUCGAUGCGCCCCUUCCUGUUCAGAGAAGAGGACCCCGAGAUCGAUGUCUCGGAACUCGAAGAAGACUAA